AGGGAUGAGGCACAGGCGCUGCACGGCAGGAGCCGGGCCCGUCGGUAGAUGGCGGUAACCCAAGAAACCUGAUCCACCGGGCUCCCGUGCACUCCGUCUCAGUUUGCAGCACUCGCAUUUGAAGACGAGAGAGGCCGAACAGUUUGAAGGACACCGAGAAGAACCAGCAGAGCCCACGGCGGGUCCUCUCUCGCGAGCAGGCGGCGGAGCGCUCUGUCCACAGAGAACAACGGGCAAACUCUGAGCACCAUGGAAGACAAAUCCAAUUCGUUCUCCAGCAACAAGGAGGAGAAGGCGGAUGGGAAUAAUGUUUUUCAGCGGCAAGACUCGAUACAGAAAAAUAACACGGGGAGCCAGAACACGAAGGACCAUGGCAACUCCGUGGGCUUCAAGGGGGAGAGGGAAGAGGCCAUGGUCGGCUUUGACGAUCUGGACGGGGCGUCCAGGCAGCAUGGUUUUAUGCAGAGGCAAUUCGGGGCGAUGAUGCAGCCCGGAGUCAAUAAGUUCUCCUUGCGUAUGUUCGGCAGUCAGAAAGCCGUGGAAAAAGAGCAAGAGAGGGUCCAGACGGCCGGAUACUGGAUCAUUCACCCAUAUAGCGAUUUUAGGUUCUACUGGGACUUGAUAAUGCUCAUCAUGAUGAUGGGGAAUCUAAUCAUCAUUCCUGUGGGAAUAACCUUCUUCUCAGAGCAGACCACCACCACCUGGCUGGUCUUCAACGUGGCUUCGGACACCAUCUUCUUGGUGGACCUGGUCAUGAACUUCAGAACAGGGAUCGUCAACGAGGAGAGCUCCGAGAUCAUCCUCGACCCCAAGGUCAUCAAGAUGAAUUACCUGAAGAGCUGGUUUGUGGUGGACUUCCUCUCCUCCAUCCCGGUGGAUUAUAUCUUUUUAAUAGUGGAGAAAGGCUUUGACUCGGAGGUAUAUAAAACUGCACGUGCCCUGCGAAUCGUUCGCUUCACCAAGAUCCUCAGCCUGCUGCGUCUGUUGAGAUUGUCCCGGCUCAUCAGAUACAUACAUCAGUGGGAGGAGAUUUUCCAUAUGACCUAUGAUCUGGCUAGUGCAGUGGUAAGAAUAUUUAAUUUGAUAGGGAUGAUGCUGCUGCUGUGUCACUGGGAUGGCUGUCUCCAGUAUCUGGUGCCUCUCCUGCAAGACUUUCCCCCUGACUGCUGGGUGUCCCUAAAUGGCAUGGUUAACGUGUCCUGGGGUAAGCAGUACUCCUAUGCCCUCUUCAAAGCCAUGAGCCACAUGCUGUGCAUCGGGUAUGGCGCCCGGGCGCCCGUCAGUAUGUCUGACCUGUGGAUCACCAUGCUGAGCAUGAUCGUGGGCGCCACGUGCUACGCUAUGUUUGUGGGCCAUGCUACUGCUCUGAUCCAGUCCCUGGAUUCCUCACGCAGGCAGUACCAAGAAAAGUAUAAGCAAGUGGAGCAAUACAUGUCCUUUCACAAGCUUCCAGCCGACAUGCGGCAGAAAAUCCAUGACUACUAUGAGCACCGCUAUCAAGGCAAGAUUUUUGAUGAGGACAACAUCCUGAGUGAACUCAACGACCCACUCAAGGAGGAAAUUGUCAACUUCAACUGCCGCAAGCUUGUGGCCACCAUGCCGCUGUUCGCCAAUGCCGACCCCAACUUUGUGACAGGGAUGCUGAGCAAGCUGAAGUUUGAGGUGUUCCAGCCUAACGACUACAUCAUCAGGGAAGGCACGGUCGGGAAGAAGAUGUACUUUAUUCAGCACGGCGUCGUUAGCGUCAUCACCAAGUUCAACAAGGAGAUGAAACUGACUGAUGGAUCCUACUUUGGGGAGAUCUGUCUGCUCACCAAGGGCAGACGGACGGCAAGCGUGCGCGCCGACACCUACUGUCGACUCUUCUCCCUCUCUGUUGACCAUUUCAACGAGGUGCUAGAAGAGUACCCCAUGAUGCGACGUGCUUUUGAAACUGUAGCCAUUGACCGGUUGGACCGCAUCGGGAAGAAGAACUCGUUGCUGCUUCAGAAGUUCCAGAAGGAUCUGAACGCCGGCGUGUUCAACACACAGGAGAACGAGAUAUUGAAGCAGAUUAUUCGUCAGGACAGGGAGAUGGUGAUGAUGGUGGACCGCAAGCAGUCAGUUACCGGGAUGAACUCGACUCCAAUGUCAGGAAACUCCAUCAUUAACUCGCCAGCCCAGCCGCCCUACUCCACUGCCUUUGGCACCGCUCAGCUACAGCAGUCCUCUGUACCUAUGACCUAUAGUGCUUCAGCUAUUGCCAACGCCUCUGUUGCUCGCAUGCUGCCGGUCGCUGCCGCCGCCGCCGCCGCGGCACAGGGCGGGUUCCCAGUUUCCAGUCUUUCCCAAGUUAACCUGAAUUCCGCCUCACAGACAGCAUUGCAGCAGCAGGGAGCGAUCAUGUCACCCUGCUCCUUCACGGCGGCCAUGUGCAGCCCGCCCGUCCAGACCCCGUUGGCUAGCCGGAGCUUCCAGUACGGCUCACCAACGGCUUCCCAGCUGUCGCUUAUUCAACAGCCCAUUGGCCAACCAUCUCUACCCACCCAGCAGCAGCUCGGUCAGCAGCUGGCCGCUGCAAAUGCCGCCGCGACCUCAGCGGCACAGCAGCAGGUCCCUUCACCUCAGCGGGGAGACAUCCACAAGAGCACACAAGCUCUUCAGUCCGGCAGCUUGAGUCGAGAUGUCAGACACCUGUCGGCCUCCCAACCAUCACUGCCACAUGACACGUCUCUGGGCCCCAGAGUUCACCCGACCUCUGGGGAGUCUCUGGCCUCCAUUGUGCCACCGACAGCAGCAGCCAUCCAGGGGAUAAGUCUACAAGGCGGCAUCCGCACUACGGUUCCCCAGAGGGUCAGUCUGUUCCGCCAGAUGUCUUCGGGAGCCUUGCCCCCGGUGCGUUCGGCCGCUUCGGCAGCGGCGGCAGCGGCGGCAGCGGCAGCGGCGUCGUCAUCAUCCUCGACCCAGCACAGGGAAUCCCCCGGAUCUAGAAGAGAUUCUGUCCUGAGCAGUACAGAGACUGAGCAAGACAAAAUGCGUUUUGCGUCAAAUUUAUGAUUCCAUACUCCCCUCCCCUUACUUUCUUUUUUUUUAAACUUAAAUGUGUUUCAAUUCAUCUUUAUGAUGGGUAUAGAACAAAAGAGGUAAAAACGAGGAAUUUCUGUAUUUGUUUCUCUCCAAUUUUCCUCUAAAGUAACCUCAUAGAAAUCUUAUAUGUAUAUAAGCCCUUGUAUAAUAUUUUAGACAUUUUUGUCUCCCUAAACUUAAGAAUGUAUAUUAUACAGAUACGUGCGAAUGGAUGUUUGAGAGGAUGGAUGUGUGCAAGUGUGUAAAAUCCGAAUACAAUAUUGGCAAAGGCAAUUUAAAGCUAUAGUAUGAAAAUGAGUCUUCCUUUCUAAGAAAUAUAUGAAAAUAUAUAUCAUGUAUGAUGUUUUUUUUUCAUUAUUUUAAAUUAUUUCUUUCUUUCUUUUUUUAACUUGAAUGCAAUGUGGAUUAUGUUUAGUGUUUUUAUUUGACUCGAUGAAGAGGAAGACUGUCUUCUCCUGUUAGGCAGCUUUAGGCAUCACUGAGUAUUUAUUAAUGAAAACAAUUCCUACAAAGAAAUUAAAAAAGCACAUACUCACGAAAAAAAAGUAAUUUACUGAAACCUCGCUUCAGUGAUCAGAAUAAAUACUGUUACCGGGUAUUAAGUUGCUCCCAGUGAUGAGAAUACAGUCUGCUGAGCCAUUAUAUCCCCAAGGCCGGCUCAGAUUCAAACCAUGACAGUGUUAUGGGUCCAAAGGGAAUGAGGUAAUAGAAAUGCUGCUUUCUUUGUUCAUUUCUUUGGUGAAGACGGAGCGUGGAGAUGGAUAUGGAUGGAUGAUGUUAUUUUUUUUUUCUAUUUCUGAUUUCAGAUGGUUGAGAUCUUACAUAAUGUUGCUUAAAAAAUUCUGUGUAUAUUUAUAAUAUUUAUAAACUAAAGAUUAUCACCAUUAUGCAAUAGACUGUGACAUAACAAAUACCUAUAUGUGUGCUGUAAAUAGUUUUGUAGAUCUAGGAUUUACAGAAACUGUGUUGUGCAUUCUCUAUCAUAACAAUGUCUUACUUCUAUCAUCUAUAUGCGACAAAGGUUAAGUGACAAAAUACGUAUGUUUCAUAAGAGAUGAGCAAACCUUAAUGCAAGAGCUAGCAGGACUUGGUGCAGAGAAAUAAAAGCUUGAAGAGCCUUUAUGAUUCCACAGAUAAGUUGUUACAAUCACCCCAGUUUAUGAGAGACGUAGAUGCAUUUCCAAUCAUUUUUACUAACCUCAUUGUUCACAUUCAAGUGCAGAAACAUGGUUCUCAUUCUUAUUUUUUGUAAAAAAUUGUGCAAACUAAAGUUGAUGGCCUUUUACACUAGAAAACUGAAGCAUUAAAACAACUCAUUUUGGGUUAUUUUGUAAAUAUGGACCAAUCAAGCUAUAACAAGGCUGGGUUUUGGGUUUGAAUCUGCAUACUAGUUUAGGUCUACAACCCAAAACGUGGGUAGAAGUGACAAAUGUCUAAAAGGUUAAGGCUACCAAAGGGUGUGUUGAAAAGAAUAACCUAUAAUCUGGAUUAAAAACCAUGGUUAACAUUAAAUAUUUUAAUGUAACAUAUCUGCAUUUAAAAAAAAAGGAUAAAAGGGACAACUUUAUAAUCCAUUAUACCAAAUUUGAUGAGUAACAUAUUUCUAUAGCAAAUAAUGUACUCAGUAUAUAACACUUAAGUAAUAUUUUGGCUCUCUCCAUCAUAUUUAAAUAAAACUUUUAAAAUGAAUUAAUUAGAUAAUGAACUUAAAUUGUAUGGCCUCUUUGCCUCUCUAGAUUGACUUUAUGACACGAUCUAUGAUCAAAAGGGUAUUUAAGGCAAGCAAGCUACUUGCAGGAUAAAUGCUAAUGUUAUCUGAAGUGAACCAACUCGUUCUCUAGUGUGAACUAAAGUUAAAGACAAAACCCAUUGACAUUAUUAUGUUGACCGUUCUUUGUUCUUUUUUUCACCUCAUCAGUGAGGGUUCAGUGAAGCCUGAUCAGAUUAUCACUGUACUGUGGUUCAAAGUCUGUAAAAAAUGAUGAGGCUUCUUUCCUAACCCUACAAACUGGAUCACAAUUUUAACCCAAAGUUUGGUUAAAGCUACCCAAUUUCUAUGCCAAGAGUAUAGAGCUCAGCAUUUGAUUUGAAGAAAAAGCUCUAAAGUUUUUAGAGGCCACAAUCUCUGACGUUUGAACCUACCUAGCAAUGAUCAAACUUGUUUUUUUUUGUGUGAACUAAAGUAACAGGACCCUAUUAUAUUACAGUUAUUAUGCAGCAUAAUUUUACCACCAUAACGUUUCUUAUUUCAUCCCGAGGAAGAUGUUCAGUGAACCUUGAUCGGGUCAUUGAUUAAUGUAGAAUAGUUGUCAGUAUAGAAUGAUACUCCAAUAAGUCUCUUUUCUAACCCAGCAAACCAGAUUGCAGUUUUGGUCCACUCAAAACGACCUAAUUUACCUAACAAAACCUGAAGUAAAACUGAGAAAUUCAGAUCUAUUGUCAAUUGCUAUUUAUUUUACUAAUAAAAAGCAAUAAAUGACCAUUAGAACUGAUAUUCCUUACUUUAAAAAGAUGACCUUGAUCAUGCUCCAAUUAGUAAUUGUGUUUUCUUUCCCAGAGUAUCUAAUUUAUCCCCAGAAAGGAAAUCAUAGUGAAAAUGAGCAGCCUUUAUGUUCAUAAUUCACCACAAAAUUGCAACAGACUAGAAUUUACAUUGCUGAUAUAUUAUGGACACAUUGUGACAUGAUAUUUAACCAGCAUACUAACUAUUAUGGUUUUCUUGCAUUUGCAAAAAGUCUUAACUUACCAUGAUUCCAUUCCUAAAAAACAGUUAAUUAAAAACUGACUGGCCUAUACAGACAUGGGUAGUACUGGUUUCUUAGAUUAAAACAGUUUUUCUUAAAGCUUUGCCAACUCCUAGUGUAUUGGUGUGAGCAGUCGGGCAGAAUACUGUAGACUCUCUACUAAUCUUAGGCAUUAGGGUAAUUGUGUGUAUACAACCAUCUCCAAAAAACACACACACGCACCCAGCAGAAGAAAGAGGAAAAAUAACUCCUCUUUAAAGGAGCUACAAAAAGAAAUAAGAAACAAAAGAUAGGUGUAACAAGUGGGCAUCGUUACUGUAAUCCUGGGGUGUUUUAAUAACGCAUAUCACAGACACUUUAAGAAGACCUCAGGAAAUGGUUAAAAAAAA